AAUCAGUUGUUUUGUGGGCGGGAUGUUAUCUUGCAACACAAUCGUCCCCAAACUCAACCGUUGAGACUUUGCAGUUUAAUACAGUGAACACUGUGUUGUAGCUGUUUAUAGACACACAUCAGACUUAAUCAAUACAACCAUAUACAUUAUCUACAAGUGUGCAAGUCGAUGAUUAGGCUAUAGCAAGCUAACUUAACAAAGCUAACCACUUAGCCUACACAAUGCCAAAUUUUUGCGCGGCCCCGAACUGUACACGGAAGAGUACACAGUCAGAUUUGGCAUUUUUUCGAUUUCCACGAGAUCCUGAGAGAUGCAGAAUCUGGGUAGAGAACUGCCGCAGAGCAGAUCUUGAGGCGAAGACAGCAGAUCAGCUUAACAAGCACUACAGAUUAUGUGCCAAACACUUUGACCCUGCUAUGGUGUGCAAAACAAGCCCCUACAGGACUGUGUUGAAAGAUACAGCCAUUCCAACAAUAUUUGAUCUGACAAGCCAUCUCAAAAAUCCUCAUACAAGGCAUCGCAAGCGGAUAAAAGAACUCACUGAAGAAGAUAUACGGAAGAUUAAAGAAAGAAGAUUGGCAUCUUCUAUUGAACAGCUCGUUUCCAAAAAAGAUGCAUCGGUUGAAGAUGGCACAAGUACUAACGAGGAUGAACCUCAGUUGUCCACGGAGGAGAGGGAGUUUCGUGAAUAUCUGAGGUCCUUGUUUGAGGUUGUGGUCAUGUUAGGAAAACAAAGCAUCCCCUUGGUGGGCGAUAAAGCGUCUGAAGCUGGACCCAACAACUUCCAGGCCCUCUUGGAUUACAGGAUAAACGCUGGAGAUGUAGCUCUGAGGAAACGCUUUGAGGCAACAGCUGUGAACACAGAAUACCUGUCUGAAACCCAGCAGAGCCAGCUCCUGGACAUCUGUGAGAACACAGUGAGGGAGGAGAUGCUGAUGGAGGUGCGAGAGAGUCGCUUCUUCUCCCUGGUGACAGGUGACCUCAUUGAUUUUGCCAACGAGAAGCACCUGCCUCUUUUUUUACGCUAUGUGAAUCAACAGAACGUUCUGCGGGAAGAGUUUUUGGACUUUAUGUCUUUUGAAGGUGAUGAGGCUGCACUGGUAGAGAGACUGGAGACACAGCUGACUGACCGUUGGAGUCUUAGCAUGGAGGACUGCCGCGGUCAGGCCCACAAAGCCACUGGUACCUCCACAACCAAGAUGAAAGCUGUUGCGGUGUUACUUUUGGAGAAGUAUCCUCUUGCACUGCAUAUGCCUUGUUCUCAUAUGGCCUUGAAUAUCCACCUGACAAACAAUCUGCCUUUUCCCAAUGUCCAAGUCGUAAUGGAGACUCUGCGGAGGAUUGGUGCAUUCUUUGAUGUCCCUUUUACCCAGGAUGAGCUAGAGAGGGCCAUCUUUACUCACUACCAGAAAAAUGAAGAGAAGAUAACAGCGCUGAGACAAGCCUGUGUGUCAGGAUGGACAGAGCAGCACAGCGCUUUUGAUGUGCUUCUAGACAUGUUGCCUCCACUGCUGCUGUGCAUGGACAGCAUCUGGGAAAAUGAAGAAGGAAAGUUUUCUAAUGCUACUACAGCAGAUGCAUACGCAAUCUCAGAAACUCUUGCUGAUUUUGAGAUUGUCGUCACCAUCGUCAUCCUGAAGAAUGUUCUCACAUUCACCAGAGCCUUUGGGAGGAAUCUUCAGGGGGAAACGCUUGAUGUGUUUUUUGCUGCAAACAGUCUAACUGCGGUGCUGCAUUCACUGAACGAGGUCAAUGACAACAUUGAUGUCUACCAUGAGUUCUGGUUUGAGGAGGCUGUGAGUGUGGCCAAUGCAAUGGAGAUCCCUGUAACGGUACCAAGGUUGUUCCUACGGAAGCAGCGUGCAGCCGAUGUGGGAGAAAACCAAACAGAAGCGUAUUAUAAGGAGUAUGUGACUGUCCCAGUCAUCCACGGCAUCAUGCAGGAAGUAGAGGACAUGUUCUCUGAGACCAACCUCAAAGCUCUAAAGUGCCUCUCCCUGGUCCCAGCUGUCAUGGGCCAAAUGAAGUUCAACACCACAGAGGAGAACUACGCAGACGUGUACCGCAACGACCUCCCAAACCCUGACACGCUCCCCGCAGAGCUCCACUGCUGGAGAAUCAAGUGGAAGCACCGGGGCAAAGAGGUUCGCCUGCCCACCACCAUUCACGAAACCCUCCAACUGCCGGACGUGAAGUUCUUUCCCAACGUGAACUCCUUCCUCAAGGUGCUGUCCACCCUGCCUGUGCUGAAACUCGAGGACAACAGGAGCAACACAGCAAGCGAGCGGCUGCAGGCUUAUCUUUGCAACAUGCCCGCCAAGCAGUGGAACAAAAGUCUUGCGAUGCUCAACAUUAACACUCAUGUCAAACAUGACUUGGACGUGAUGGUGGACAAAUAUUGCAGAAUAUAUUCUGAGGAUGAAGCUGAAGCUGAGACUGAAGCUGAAGGAGUGGCUGAGGCUGAAGCUGAAGGAGUGGUUGAGGCUGAAGCUGAAGGAGUGGCUGAGGGAGAUGCAGAAAUGAAAUGAGGAGAAAAUGACUGACCCUCAUGUACAUAUUGAUGUUUGUGCCCAUAAGCAUAUACAGUAAUCCUUUUAAUACACCUGUAAAGCAAGAAAACAUUCCCUUAAGGAAGAGGAAAGAUACUUUUCUGAAUCAAGGAGAUACCUGGUAUCUCAGAAUUCUGACUAAAGCUUUUACAAAAAAAAAUCUGCUUCAGUAUUCAGAAUCACCUUUUUUUUAAAUUCUGGGAUAAAUAUCUUGUAAAUUUAGAAAAAAAUGCAGAUUGCUUGGGAACUUCUCAUAAUUCUGAAGUAUCUCAUAACUUCAGAAAACUCCUCUGCAGUAAAGAGAUACCUGAUACAAUUUUUGUCAUCCCUGGUUUUCAAAAACAAAUCCUUUACCACUGUUCUUUUUGUAUGUUGUAAAAUUAACUCCAACUUGCACUGUAAAUAAGUAUGUAGUAUUUUGGAAAAAAGUAGUUGAAUUGAAUAAUAGCUCAGUGUCUUGGGAGAAUGGAAACACCACAACAAAGUCCAAGAAUGGGGGGCAGUAUCAAGGCUGGAUUUGUUCAAAAACCUCCUUGUGAUGAUUGUGGGAAAGAAUGUUGAAGCCAGUUUUUCUUUUACAUGCAUUGGUCAUAUUUUUUCAAUAAAGGUGUGGAAUUAACCAAACAUCAACAUCCACUGAGCUACUCUUUAUUGUGUGUGUUUAAUUCAAACCAUACAAUGAAGACAAGUUCCAAGUUACUAUUCCCAGAGAGUUCAUUCGGUUCAUUGAUUCCUCUUCACUGACUGUGAGGCAGGAGGGGCACAAGAGGGAGCAGUUACACCAGCAUCAGCAGUAUCCCUCAACUCAUGAAGAGAAGCCAUUUUUGUAUUGUUUUGAGGUGUUAUUGGUAGUUAAAGGGUCUCAAUGAUUUUUUUGGUUCUUUGUGAUUGAAAUAUAUGUGAUCAAAAUGUUUGUGUUCAAAAGAAGGAAAUUACUGAUGAGGCAUUUGCUGAAAAAAAAAAGACAACAAAUCUCUUAAUGUUGUGUUUUGUGAGACCAGAAUUGUUCAGAAAAUUGUGUGAUUUUCCAGAAAACUUCCAUUUACAGUCUGUUUUUUAGUUUUGUAAAAUAAAAUGGUAAAAGUUGCAAAAGGA